AUGGUCCUUUGGGAGGAGGAGCUGGCGGGUUUGGUGAAUAUGUGGGAGGUCCCUUGGUGUUUUAGUGGGGAUUUUAAUAUUGUCCGGUUUCUUAGUGAGCGUUCUAGUGUCCCUUACUAUACUACAGGCAUGAUGGAUUUCUCGGACUUUAUAUCUGAAAAUGGUUUGGUGGAUAUUCCGUUGGUGGGGGGUCAAUUUACUUGGUCGAAUAAUCAAGAGAAUGAGAUUUGGUCUAGAAUUGACCAGUUUUUACUCUCCUCAGAUUGGGAGGACCAUUACCCAGCGGUGUCACAAAGAAGACUUAAACGUCUACUCUCCGAUCAUUUCCGUUUGUUACUGGAUUGUGGGGCUCCUUGCGGAGAUAACAAGUGUUUUAAAUUUGAGAAUAUGUGGCUUAAAUCUGAAGGGUUUGUUGACAAGGUCAAGUCUUGGUGGGGGUCAUAUUUGUUUGAGGGCUUACCUAGCUUUGUUUUAGCUAAUAAGCUGAAAUCCCUUAAGCUGGAUUUGAAAAAGUGGAAUGAGGAGGGGUUUGGUGACAUUGGGAGGAAAAAAAAGGAGUUGUUGGAAGGAAUUCAGGAGUUGGAUGCUUUGGCAGAGUUGAGGGGCUUAGUUCAGGAGGAGAAGCUUAAAAAGGCGGAUAUGUCGAAAGAAUUGGAGAAUACCUUGUUGUGUGAAGAAAUUCAUUGGCGUCAAAAGUCGAGAGCUUUGUGGAUGAAGGAGAGGGAUCGAAAUAAUCGGUUUUUUUAG